AUGCUCAUCGACAACAAAUGUCCAAUGGCUCAAAUCGCCCGGGCCAAACCGUACGACCCGGCAGCUCCGAUACUCACCACCGACUAUUAUCUGCAUUGCGAUGCCGGCUUCACCGUGCCACAGAAGAUAGCGGAGCUGAAGACAUGUGUGCCAAGCCUGCAUAUUGCCGCCGGAUUCUCGCAGUUAAAUGCCACCGACAACAUCUUUCCCCUCGAACUGGUCACCUUCUCCAAGGACGUCCCAUUUUCACCGAUGAAUCCGCGGCGUCCCACACCCAAAGGAGAAAUCCCCAGGGCCAUGAUCUGUCGAUACAAUGGGACGGGCAUGUAUCCACAUUGUAUCCCGUAUGAUGUACUCGAUUCCGAUGGGCACAUCUACACCGCAUUCCGGCAGAGGUCGCCGCCGUUCGCCAGUUUCCUGACUGAAGAGGAGAAUCUGCGCAUCGGAUGGGCACCCGAAGCGAAUGACAGCAAUCUCUACAGAUAUCCGAAGUGCAUCAAGGGGAAAUUGCCGAAAGAGCAAGCAGCCAUCGUGGCGCAAGAUCGAUUCCUGAAUUGCCGUACAAACCCAUUCUCGCUUCGUGAUCCAUCGGUCUUUGUCAGCCCGAAACUACAGGGAGGAGAUUCCGAUCCGGAGACAUUCACCCGUCUCCCCGAUGAGGAGGGUCCAUCGGCGUGGUGGGCGGUGCUCGUCAUCGGAGUGCUCCUGCUGCUGAUCGCCAUCUUUGCCAUCAUCUUCUGGCUGCUGUGGCGGAAGCGGGGCAGUGGAAAGAGCACG